UUUUUUUAUAUUUAUAUCUGUUUGUGAAUCAAAAAAUAUGGAUAGUGAAUUCACAUUGACAACAGACGAGAUUUGGAGGAACACGAUUCGUACGGUGGAGGCCGCGUAUUGUUGGCUCCUCACGUACGAAGGCAAAGAUUACGAACUUGUUGACGAUACGAUUACUGCUAUGCGGAAACUAAUUACUCAUGGUAAAACCUACGAAGGCGCGCUGGCAAUUGCUGUUAGCACGGAACAACAAUUAGAUCAAGUCAUCCGCGACAUUUAUGCUGCUUCAUGUGUGGCUGUGGACUGUGAGUUUUUGGGACAGAAAAAAACUUUGCCUGAACUCAAAUUACUUCAAAUUGGUGUUUCAAAGGAAAAGGGUUAUGCCAUUCAAGUGGAUAUGAUUGGCCCUCAGGUUAUUGCAGAUAAAUUAAAACCCAUCCUCGAAGAUCAAAAUCUGAAUAUUGUGGGGUGGGCAUUUCGAGGUGACGCGCUGGCUAUUGAAUCCUAUAUCAACGGUAUUGAGCUUGCGCCUGUGCUUGACCUGCAAGCCAAAUUACUCCCUGUGGCUAUGGAAAACCUCAACCUGGGGAAUGCCUUGAACAAGUAUGCCGCAGAAUGGGUCGGUAAUGAGGAGUUUCAAAAGGACAAACAAUAUGGCAAUCAAUUUAUCUUUACCGGAAAAGAAUGUAUCUGGCUUCGAGACCCUUUGCCUCCUAAAGCAUUGGUUUAUUCCGUAUUUGAUGUAUUGAGUGUAGUUGCACUCUAUGAACACACCUUGGAUUAUCCUUCCAACGAAAAUCACUACUGGCCAUUUACCGUCACUUCAACAUCUACGCAGAAAUCAAUUGAUAAAUGGCACAUGCAGCGCGCGAAAGGCAUCAACAAUUCAAAUGUGGUAAAUGUCGUCAAUUCCAAAUCCACCAAAGUUAGUCAUGGCAAAGAACCGGCAUUAUCUACUUCUGUUAUCACUGACGACGGUUACAAUGACGAUGAUGAACGAUUUAAGCGAGCGAUCCAAGUAGCUCUCGAGCGAUCUGUCAAGGAUAAUUUACCACGCAAUAAAAGAGGUGAAUCCAGUACUGAUCGUGUAAUCUCAUCAGAUUCACUGACGGAAUUAAAUUACAGCGAAAUUUCUCAAGAAUUGGAGGAAAACCCUUACAACCGAAAUAAAAAUGAUUUGCAUUUCUCAGACCCACCACCAGUAGAAGAAUCCACUAUACCAGAAAUUGUGGAGAGUACUUGGGGUACAGAAUCAUUAGACGAUCAGCCUUUCUUUGGCAGUGCUUUUAAAAAUAAAACGAUAAAAUCACCAGAUGAUGUCGCUGCCGCCAAUGCUGCGACUACGGCUACUGAAACUGACAAGGUCCCUACUUUUUCUGCUAACAGUUAUAAAUCCCCUAAACCAUCCAACCUUUCUCCCAGAGUUCCUGAAAAAUUACUCGCAUCACCUUCUGCCAGUCGAUCCAGCACGAGAAAAUCACCUGCUAUGUCCGAUCGUUCACCUCAAAACCAAUACGCCUCCUGCAAACCUGAUAAGAAUAAGUAUACCAACGAUCUCAAGAACCGAAUCAAUGUGGGUAGUCAAACUGGAUCAUUUACAACAUGGUCUCCCUCGAAUAAGAACGAGAUGAGCUCUGCUUCGUGGAAAUCCUUUGCCAGUACAUCCAUCAAGGAUUGGGGUGAAGGAAAAGAUGCAUCGUUGGGAGCUAUUCAAACCGUUGGUAAAAACGAAACGUCACCAAUCCCAGAACCGAUCCCAUUCAAUACAACUGUCCAAAGUAACUACCCACGCGGAGGAAACAUUGGUGAUAGUAGUACAGGUAAAAUGAAUGAGAUGGAUAACUGGGCUCAAGAUGAUGAGCGUCCAGAUACCAUGCAGAUGCCAAUGAAUCAAAUACCUAUACGUACCACCUUCAGUGGCCCUAAAGUAACCAAUCCUAACGACGACAACGAUGAUGAUGAUGAUGAUGAUGACGACGACGCUUAUAUUGAUCACGACAAUUUCGAUGCAGAUGGCAUUUUUUUGUAUAGUGAAGAUGGCGAUGCUGAAUUAUCUAUGUAUAUCAUGACAAAACCCGAAGAAUUGGAUAUGAUUCAUAUGCCUCCUAAGGAUCAAGACUUUACAGCUACUAUCUGCUAUCACUUUAUUUCAUCGAAUAACCAACGAAUUAUAAAGGCUAUCCAAAUAUACCUCAGCACUGGCGAUUCUUACACUGCCAUGGUUGAAAAGACUUUUAUGAUGAAGAAACCAGGAACAUUUAAACAUACAAAAUUCGCUCAGCUCUUGACGGAUCCUUCGAUCAAAAGAGUAUGUUGGUGUCCCUCCUUCAUCGAAGAAGAAAUGAAUCAGUUACUUGGUUUUACGAUUGGCCCUUGCAUCGAUCUUAUGAACAGAGCAAACUUCAAUCGUGAACAUCCCCAUUACUUUAGUUUCAUCGGCGCUGUAGAUUAUUUCUUGCAAGAUUGGCCAGACAAAAAACAAUUUGAUGAUGCUAAAGCAGAUUAUGAUGCUAUUAUCGCCAAAAAAUUCUCAAGUACCUGUUGGGAUCGUGAGAAGUUGCCUGAUGCCGUGUUGACAUACUGUGCUUUACAAGGAUUAGCAGCUUAUACAUUAUACUGUAGAACUGUUCAGCAGAUAGAUGCCCCUGAUAGCAUGUUUAUGUACGAAUCUGACAUGUAGUAAAGAAAUACAUAUUUAAUAAAAAUAAAAUAAACUAUCAUAAAUUAUAGAUGUACACCCU